UGCUCCGUGGUUGUUUGCGCGUGAAUCCGCGUGUGGCUAUCGCGCAAGAACCAAAACAUAAACCAAAGUUAUCCCUCACCCCUUACCCCCUCUUUUGCACGCUGUACAGUGUCCUGUCAACGGAGCAGGCGGAGAAAAAAAAAACGGCACAAGCAGCACGAUUAGAUCAAUAGAAAUCGCGACAACGCGAGAUUCGUCCGCGCAGUUCCGUUGCCGUACGCAACACUCCUACUGGCGUUCCGAAAAUCAGUUAAAAGCUGUACCACUACCUACCUCACAGCUGCGCCCGCAGCAGGACAUCACUCCGUACCGGACACAUGAAUCCUUGGCGUGGUUAAAUACGACCGUAGUGUGUGUGUGUGUGUAUGCAAAAUGGUAAUUAAAUAAUUGCGACGGGAUGGCGCUUGACCUAGAUCCCCAGCCAGGAGCCGUAGCAGCAGCAGCAGCAGUGCCAGAUUGCCAGUAUUGAUCGUCGGGGUGCCAUCCCGGGGCAACGGUACGGCCACCCAGUGUCGGUGCAGAAUGAUACCCUGGAUGCGUGAAAAGUUUGCCGAACGGCGUGCCCGCUGGCAGCAGUCGCGCAAGUCCGCGACGCAACCACGCGGUCUCGGCGACGGCACGUCCAGCUGCAGCUCGGCCUCGUCCAGCACCACCGGUCCGGAACCGUCGUCGUCCGGCACGACGACACCCGGUACGAACGUUUCGCCCGUGCACCAGCCGGUGGCAGCAGUUGCUGGAGCUGCUUCCGCUACUGUCACCCCAUCACGUCACCACGGCCACAAGCAUCGCCACGGGCAACGUACGUCGAAGGGGCCGCAUCACCAUCACCUAUCGCAGCAACCGUCGCCGUCAACCAGCGGAACAUGGCGCUCGAGAUCAUCCCGCAGGGAAACGCACGAGAACGGUGGAGGCGGUGGCCCAUCCGCACCGCCGUCCGUUGCGCUGCGCAUUAUCAGCCCGCGGGGCGGCAUGGUCGAUGUGGAGGUGGCCCGCACCCUCUCCGGCCGGCAGCUGAAGAUGUACGCGCUCGAAAAGUUCGCCAGCAAUGCCUUUACGAUGCCUCACUUUUCGUCCGACCUGGACGAGCUGGCCGAUCGGUACCGGAUGAUACGGUCGCACAAUCGGCGCAUCUUCCGCGACGACGAUCUGCUCGGUGACGCCGUGCACGAUGAAGAGGAAUUCCUGCUCGUAGCGAAGCGCAUCGAUGCGACGCCGGCCGACGAAAGCCUGAAAGGUCCUUCGCCGGCGGAAAUAUUGGCCGCAACGCGCCACAUACCGCUGUCCCGCAUAAAUCAAGCUUCCGUUAACUUCAAUCUAGGCAUGCUGCAAUCGGACCUGCAACAGGACCUUCGGCGCAUCAUGAUAUCGCUGUCCCGGGCGUCCGCCUACGUGCACGGGACGGGACCGUGUGCCGAGAAGCUGAUCGCCCUGUUCCAGCAGCGGCUCAUCAACCGGCAACGGCACCAGAUCAGCUCGGUCGAAACGCUGCUCGAGAUGGGAUUUUCGCUGGACAAAAUCAAUCAGGCCUUACAAAUUACCAAGAAUGUGUUCCCGGCGGCACUGGACUGGCUGAUACAGAACGAUAGUACGGCGCGCUUGUUUAACUGUGAUAAGAGCGCAGCAAUUGCGUGCUCGUCCGCUGCAACGAUGAAUCAAAUUCAAGGUGCAAACUCGCCGGCUAACGAAUCGCCCAGCGGUGCUCCCUCCACUGGCGGCGGCCUUCACCGUGGACGGAAACGUUCGAACGCCGGCAGUGAUAGUAGAUCCGCCUCUACACCGUCGUCCGUCGGGAACUCGCUGGACGAGGAAGAGGAGGCGUUCGAGGCGGGCGACGACAACGACGAGGCAGCGAAUGUGAGCGAUCCUUUUACGAUAAAGCGUGAAAACGUGGCCGCCUUGCUGGAAAUAGUGCGCCUGUACUCGGAGAAAACGGUCGUUCCUGUGCCGGAGCUGGUGAGCUCCAUCGCCGAGAUGGGUUUCGAGGAGGAAAACGUACGCGAAGCGCUAAUAGCUACACAAAACAAUCAAACGGCAGCGUGUGAAUGGUUGCUAGGAAACCGGACCAAAAGUGUGCAGGGGUUGUGCGAUGGCUUGCCGCCGGAAUCGCCAAUCCUGCGUGUCCUGAUGGGUUCACCGCAAGUACAAAUUAGUCUAGGAAACCCGAAAAUGUUUAUCGCGCUGAUCUCCAUGCUGGACAACUCUUCCACGAUGAGCAUGUGGCUUAGCGAUAACGAUACGUCGUCGGUGCUGGGACACAUACUGCGCACGUACCACGAGGAGAAGCACAUCGUCGCCAUCAAUCAGUUUAACAAUGCGCAGGGAAGCGCGAGCAGUAACCAGUAGUAGCAGCAGCAGCAGCAGCAGCAGCAGAAUUAGCAGUCGAAAUCAAACACAAAAUUCGCUUUACGAUAAAGAUUUGUGGUCGAUGGCAGAUGGAUGAAAGGUUCUCGUGCAACAUGGUCAAUAUACCCCCACAUAAGUCUUUCGUACAAAGUAUAAAAUGCCUGGUAAGAUGUGUAUAAAUGUAUGAUGCGCUGGAAGAGAGCACUAAAAAGGGAAGGUCACAGCUUUUAGGCGUUAGAGUAAGAAAGCGCGUGAAGGCAAACUGCAAGCUCUUCUGCUAGAGCCUAGAUUGCGAGCUGUUGCUUUGCUGCUUCACCACAACAAACAACCCCCCUUUUAUGGACAACGAGCAAUUAGUAAGACAGUAAGUAGAGCGUAUUUGUUCGUAGCAAUGUAUUCUCGCACAGCAAGUAGUUUGCCGUUUCUUGGCCUCGGACGUUGUUUCAGAUGUUUAUCGUGGCGAACACGAUUAAAAGAUGGUAAGAGAGAUAAUUUAGGGCGAACAAACGCACAAACAAACACAAAACCAAACCAAACCACUAACACUAGUCGCGGUCGCGGUUAAUGCGCGCUUGCUCGUUUUAAGUCAUGUUAGGUGUAGAGAUAGCGGGGAGAGAGGGUGGAGAGGACCCGUGUUAAGGCUUUGCGAUAGUUGGUCCGCUUUGGCAUCUUAUCCUUGUGGCGCACGCACAGACACACACACAUGCACACAGAACUUACAUGCUAAGAGCGGACGGUUGCACAGAAGAAAACACAAAAAAGACCGCCAAAGAUGCACACACUAUAUAUAUUAUGUCCGUAAUAUGAUACAUGCCCCAGUACAGGUGGAUGCUCUAUUUUAUAGAAUUUCAACGAAGAUUUGUGAUUUAAAUAACGAAAACAGCAAAAAACCAAGGGCGGUGUAGUGUGAAACAAGUUCAAUAUUCACGGUAAAACGAAUGUACGAUGAUAGAUGAGAACGAUGUAGGAAGGGAGGGAAGGGAGAGAACGUUAGCAGCACAUGUGGAAGCAAAUCCUUAAGUACAGACAGCAACGAAUGUCAAUCAUCAAUCACGA